CUCAGUGACAAUCAGUCAAUGUUUUAUGUUUGUUUUCGGUUUGUUUAGAUCCAGUGAAUUAUCCUUUGAAGAGUAAUUUUCUCAUUUUUGAGAAUCCUCCAGCAGUUCCUAUCUCUAGAUAAUCAAUUAAAAUGAAUAACUGCAUACAGUGUAAUGAACCCUCUAAAUAUAAAUGCCCCAUAUGUCGCAAACCAUAUUGUUCAGUUGUUUGCUGUAAACUUCACCGAUCAAAUCCAUGCAUUGCACCUCCAACACCUAAUGUAGAAUCUCCAACAGAACCAAGUAGAGAGUAUGAAUUUCCUACUGAUGACACAGUGCCUGUAGAAAGACUAGAACUUCUAAGACAAUCAGUGGAUGUAAAUAAAUGCUUAGAAAAUCCCCAUGUCAGAGAAAUAUUGAAGAUUUUAGAUAAAUCAGCAUAUCCAGAUGAAUUAAUGCAAGAAUAUAUGCUGGAACCUAUAUUUACAGAAUUUGUUGAUGCCUGUUUAAGUGUUGUACAAGCACCAGAUAAUGAAAAGCAAUAAUAAUAAAAU